GGUUUUAGGGCUUGACGUCUCUCUUUCUCUGGAAAGAAGAAAGAAAAAAGGAGAUAGCAGGGACAUUGAGGUUUAAGGUUUUAGGGGUAGGGUUUUUGGGCUCUCUCUCUCUCUCUCUCUCUCUCUCUCUCUGUUCCUUCAAGUGCGAAUGGAAAAUACAGGUGAAAUUGACUGCAAUGAACAAAAGCUGCCAGAAUUCGCCAACAAAAUUAACCAUGAAGCCAAACUCAAAGAACUACUCCGCAAUCUCACUUCGGUUGAAUCAAAACUAUGCUACGACGCAUCGAAAGAAUUCAUCAAAUUGCUCCAAUCCGACUUUGGACGGGAAUUCCUCCACCUUUACGUUCAAACAUCAUCCAAGCUCAUUGAAAUUUUCCAGGCCUGGGAUGCCCGGAAGGAAAAACCUGGGUUUUCUUAUCUUUUAAGUUUGAUUUCCGUGAUUUUAACCCAUCCUGCUGGGAUGAUUGAUAAUUUGGAUGGGAAUAGUGGUGUUAAUAUUGGCCGGGCAUUGGAUAAGUUUGCGCGAGUGAUAAUUGAGGAGAAGAUGAAGGAUUUGUAUAAGGAGUUGAAUAGUAAAGAGGCGAAGAGACAGAAUCCUGCGCUCCAGUUGUUGGCCUCGGUCACAAGGCGUAAUUCCCAAUUGGCGUGGGAUAUGGCAAAGACUUUUGAUUUUAAGCUAACUAUUUUUCCAAAGCUCGCAGAAGUCAAAUUGAGGGCAAAAAGAUUUGAGGAAAGAAGGAAGAAAUAUUCAACAAGGAAAGCAUAUGUGCGGUUUGCUAUGGCAUUUUUGGAGGUCGGAAAUCCAAGGUUGUUGAGGGGGGUUUUGCAACAGAAGGCAAUGUAUUCAGGGGUUUUGAGGGGUCUGGGGAAUGAUGAUGAGGAGACUGUUGUCCAUAUUCUCUCAAUACUGUGUGAUAGAGUGCUAGUGCCUGAGUCGUCAGUGCCUCCAGGGCUUAGGAGUGUGUUGUUCGGUAGUGUUACUCUGGAACAGUUGGUUAGCAUUUCAGGGAGGGCUGAUUUUGGGGAUGCUGCGGCUCUGGCUCACAGUGUGUUGAUUAAGGUGUGUACUAAUCCUGAGAAUGGCUUGAUGCCAGAUUUAGACAGACAGCCAAGUCCUUUGAGAGGAAAUCCAAAACGGCUUUUGGGUCUGAUGAAGAAGUUGAAGGCAACUGAGGUCGAGUACCAUAAGGAUCUCCUUCUGGCUAUUGUGAAUGGAAGGCCUUCACUUGGUUCUGCGUAUUUGGACGAGUUCCCUUUCAACCUUGAAGAUCUCGCAUCACCUAACUGGUCUGCUGCUGUUUCUUUGGCUGCAAAUGUCGUUUCCGCAGUGAGUGAGGGGCUUGCUUUUGGUUUUGUUGAUUCUCUAGAGCCACCUACCUUUGAUAGUCCAUAUGUGCAAAGUAUAAUAAAAUGUAUAAGCCCACGACCUUUCUCUAGAUUAGUAAUAAAUAAAGGGUUACUUCACUCUGAUUCUCUUGUAAAACAUGGAACUUUGAGGCUUGUACUGGAGGAAUUAAAGUUCUUGGAGUCUUUACUGCAUUCUCUGGAGACAAGUUAUUCGAGGAAUCAAAUGCUGUACAGGUGGAAGGCUCUAGAGCAAGACAUUCAGAACGAAGUUCGUAUUUUGCUUCCUGAUCCCCAAGUUCUUUUGUCUUUUUUGUCUUCUAUGAUUAGCCACUACAAGAAUCUUGAGUCUCAUUCAAAGAGAAAAACUGAAUCAGAUUUUACUUCAGAACAUUAUAUGAAUGAUAGGAAAAAAUUGAAAGCUUCUACUGCAAAUGAGGAUGUGGACAUUCUAGUAGGUGGGAUUAAUUCUUUUCCCGAGCUGAAUUCAUCUGGGGACAUUGAAGGGAUUGUGGAUUUCAGCGAUGAGCAUCAGCCAAGUAAUGGAACUAAUUUUGUGAAGACUAUUGGAGAUAUUUGGGGUUUGCGUCAAUGCCCUGUAAUGGACAUGGCUCUAGAAGAAGGGGAAACAUAUUUUUACUCCAAACUGCUCUAUGUACUUCAAAUCUAUCAUAGGACCAUGCCUGCAGUAUUUGAAGGGUCUUUCGAUUUCUUUAAAGUUCUACCAAGUAAUCCUUCAUCACUACCACCUGUUGUGCUGCAGUCUUGUUUACCACUGCUUAUACAGCAUGUUGGUUCGUUUUCCAAAUACGAGACUCCAAUUAGAACCCAGGCACAAAUGUAUAGGCAUCUGCGUCCAUUUCUGGGCUUGUUAAUACAUUCACCAACCAGAGAGAUAAAAGAGCAAGCUUAUGUUCUGGCACAGGCAACCAUGUUAAGUACUGGUGCAUUUGACAAUAACACAAGGGAAAUUUGUGCUUGGUUUUUCUUUAUACCAGGCUAUAACAGCAACAGCAUUUAUGUAAAAGAACCAGAGGUUGAAAUCUUCCAAAAGUUGUCUUCAAUUAUUGUUUCUUUUUUAUGUGAUGCUGUUUCGACUAUUGGAAAUAACUUAUUUAAAUACACGGACCUCUUGAGGCAUUACACCUAUGAUUCAGAAGGCGGUAAAGAUUUAAUUCCUGAAUUUAGCCCUUUCAUUAUUUGUAUCUUGAAGAAGUGCCUGCGGUUGCUUAGUUCUGGCUCUGGUGCCUUCACAUUACCCCAAAAGACACUAAUAUCAUUGUACGUGUGUUGCACAAUCAAAUAUAUAAUGGACACACAGGUAGAUGCUGGCCCAUUAUCAUUUCUAAUUGACCAUUUGUUAUCUGAGAAGUUGGAGAGUUCUGGCCGAAAGGUUGAUGUCUUGGAUCUUUCGGCCUGCCCGUGUGAGUGGAGGCCAUUGAAGAUACUGUUGCUUUUUUCACGAAACAUUUUGCAGCAACUAACUUAUAAAAUUUCUUCAAUUCCUGGGGAAGUUAUGCAUUUUGACAGUUCCUUUGUCAGUACUCUCAGGGAUGUUAAAAGAGUUGUGAAUAGUGAAUGUAGUACUGGAUUAGUUGGAUCAACACUGGGGUUUUCCUUUUCAAUGACGUGCACAUCACCUGCUGAGAUAUUAUGGAAUUUCCCCUCAGUCAUAUCUAUUGCAAAUAACUUAAUUGGGGCCGCUUUCCCAGUCUUGGCAUCUAUAUUUUUUCUUCAAUCAAGUUUUCUUAGUGAUGUUUCUAAAUUGUGGCCUGAAAUGUUCACUGCUGGUUUGGAAAGUGUUAGAAUGCAUGGUGAAGAGAGAGAGGAUGAGAUGAUUCACAAAGUUGAUCUCUAUUCAAUGGAAGCUGCUUCGGCUGCAUUUUGUCUCUAUUUAGAAAAAACACCAUUUCAUGUGAUUUUUUCAUCCAUUGCACAAAGCAGUGAUUCACAUUUGUUCAAGCACCCGAAGCUGCAAAAACUUCUUCUGGCUAAACUGUCAGAGAUGCCCCGUGAUCAUUUGAUUUCUUCUCUCUGCAACUUACUUUUCUGGAUCAAUCAGGCACAAUCAUCCUACAGAGCUAGACCAUUGGAUGAACUUGAGAUGCUUUCUGAAUUGUGCUUUACUCUUGCGGUGCACUCAUUGAAACAAAUAUUUGCUGAAAAUACUAAUAAUUUUUCUUCAGCUUAUGCUCAUGCUCCUUUACAACUGCAGUAUGCUGCAGAGGUUGCAGAAAUUAUCUUUAAUCAUCCUGCAGUGACAGCAUCGCUGACAUGGCCUUUUUCUGGUAAUGAAGAUUCAGUUUUUGGGGAACCUUCGGAAAUACUUCUCCAAGUAGCUAAACAAGGAGUGCAUAGGAUGAAUCAUCAUGUCCUAACUUUAUUAGGGACAACUUGCAAGCUUUUGUUUUCUAGUUGCAACUGUGAGAGAUCUCAAUUGGAGGGUAGUCAUGCUAAUAAGAGGAUAGCGAAGGCAUUCAAAAUCCUAGUGCAUAAACUGUUUCUGACAUUUAAGAAUAAAUUUGAUGGAUGUAUCAAAACAAAGGACUUGAAGCCUCUACUUCCAACGUUUUAUGCUUUGCACACUUUGAUUCGCUUCAUAUCUCCCUUUGAGCUACUUGAACUGGUAAAGUGGUUGUUCUCCAGGAUUGAUUUCCAAGACGUGGCUUUUUGUCUGUCAUGGAAAAAUUCAGCUCUUUCUGUUGGUUUACAUGUUGCUGGUUGGGCUUUCGAUUUUCUGUGGGAAGAUAUGUGGCAGCCAUUCUUAGGAAGUACAGAAUUCAAUUUUUUUGGUGGAGUAAAAGAGAAAAGUUUUGAUGUUCCCCUGUUUGAGGGAAUUUUUUUUCAAGUAUAUGAGAUUUCCAGUCGUUUUGAACUGGACGUUGCCGAUACAUGUCUUCUAAAAGCUGUCAAGGUUGUUAAAAGAAUGCAUACAGUUGUGCAAAAUCCAUAUCUCCACCCUAUUAUGGUUAUGACAAGAGUUAUAGCAAGUACUCCUGUAAAUAUGCUCUCUCAUUGCUUGCACAGGAUAAACAAAACGAAAAGUGAGUUAUUGUUUCUUAUUUCUGAAAUGAGCCCCCUGCAUCUAUCUCUCUCUGGACACAUGAUUUCUGAAGUGCCAAAUAAAUCUUUGCUUCCCCAGGCCAAGUCGAUGCCGGAAAAUUGUUUGGACCUAAUUUCUGAUGAAGAAGUGGUAAUGUGUCUCCCAGUGGUCCUCUUGUACUUGAAUUCAAUUCUUCUGAAGUUCGGGAGGCAAUUUUUCAAGCACUUUGAGUAUAUGAUUUCUUUCUAUGGGAGGAGACUCUUGGAUGGUUUCUGUAACUGGAACAGAUUUGUCUCCGAGGAAAUUUUUGAGAUAGGACUCGAUGAGUCCUUUCCUUUAUCAAGAGAAGAAUUCUUGAAUACUUUCUCUAAUAGCCUUCUUGUAAAAUCAAUUUCUUUGGUGCAAGAUUACCUUCUGUUAAGUGGGCAUUCUAUGAAGCUGGAAAGGAGAUUGACUCUUUUUGAUUCUGUCUGCCCACAUGUGAGUCUGUACGAGGAUCUGUUAGACUGUGAUCAUGGCCAAAUGGAGUUUGAUUCACUUAAGAAGUCUUUAAACUUUGUGAAUAGAGCUGUUGCAAAGAUAAAAUUUUGUAGGAUGCUAUUAUUUCCUGAGAAUGGAGAAACCAAGAUGAAUCCAUUGGAAGUUAGCUCUCAUGUCCUGGAUAAAUCAAGAAUCCGGUUCUUUAGUGUGUUGAUUCAUUCCUGGAUGUUGCUUGUCAAGAAAUUCCCCAGCAACAUUGAUCACUCCAAACAAUUUGAUGGCAAGAACAUUUCCUUGUUUAGAUUUUUGGAAGUCUUUAUGAUGAGAACUGUAUCGGAUUUGACCGCAUUGAUGCAUGAUUUGCUUAUCAAGUUGGACUCACUUGCCUUCAUAGAAUUAUUUGCCAAGUCAUUUCUUCUCUAUAGGUUUGAGGAUCCUGCAACACUGAGGAUGCUGCAAACUGUUCUUACUUCAUUGUCUCAAGGGAAUUUCUCUUGCAUUACACUACUACAGCUUUUGCUUGCUCACUCCCAAUUCACGAAAACAAUUCAGUUGUCCUGCAAAUCAGUUGGUUUUACUCAGUUUGGCUUGGUUUUCACUCCUAUGCAGAGUAUGUUAAGAUCACUUGUUAUUCCUAAUACUAAUGUACUCAACAGGAGAGAGAAUAUGACAUCAUCUCAGCUCAAUUUAAAGCGGCUAGAACUUGUUAAGUUGAUCAGGGUCCUUUUUUGCAUCAAGGCUCAGCAAAGCAAAGUUAAUGGUGAAGGAGACACUGGCAUAAAUUCAAGGGAACUGCUCUAUUUGCUUUUGUCUUCUUAUGGGGCAACACUUUCUGAAGUUGAUUUAGAAAUAUACAAUUUAAUGAUUGAAAUUGAGUCGAGUGAUAAGUCGAGCACUGGAACUAUUGCUGAAAUGGAUUAUCUAUGGGGUACUGCUGCUUUAAAAGUGAGAAAAGAGAGGGAACAGGAUCAGGGCAUAACUUCUUUGAACAAUAUUGAUGUUGAAGCCUUCGAAGAUCGUCGGAGGAUUCAAUUUAGAGAGAAUGUUCCUAUUGACCCCAAGUUGUGUGCACAAACAGUACUUUAUUUUCCUUAUGAUAGAACUGUCAAAGAAGGAACUACAAGCAAGCUGAAAAAAGAUAACUUUGAAGAUGUCCAUGAGAAAUGUCAGAAGAGGAAAGAUGUCACCCGACUUCGGCUUUUAUUGUCAUAUUUGCAAAAUUGUAUAGAAGAACCAUGGCAGAGGAUUCCUUCCAUAACUGCUGUAUUUGUUGCAGAGGCUUCUUUUGUGUUAUUAGAUCCAUCACAUGACAAUUAUUCAACCAUAAGCAAGAAUCUCAUGCGUUGUUCUAGUGUGGAUAUGAAGACAAUACCAUUAUUCCAGAAUUUUUUUUGGAGUAGCUCUGUUAGUUUCAAAACAGACAGGUUGUGGAUACUUCGACUGUUGUAUGCUGGGAUGAAUACAGAUGAUGAUGCACAAAUAUAUAUCAGAAAUUCCACUUUUGAAAUGCUAAUGAGUUUUUAUGGAUCUCCUCUUUCAGAUAACAUGUCAAAGGAACUUAUUAUUCAGAUAGUAAGGAAGGCUGUGAAACUUCAUAAAAUGACUCGGUUUUUAGUUGAACACUGUGGUCUGAUAUUAUGGUUGUCUUCUAUUGUCUCGUCAUUAUGCUGGAAAGAAUAUGAAGACAGGAAAAAUUGUAUAUUCACGCAAUUGCCUAUAAUAUUGGAGGUGAUAAAUGAUGUUACUUCAGCCAGAUAUAUUGUGGAAUGGUUGCAAAAGUAUGCUCUGGAGCAGCUUUCAGAACUUUCAUGCCAUUUAUACAAACUUUUAAUUGGUGACGGUGAACUUAUGGAAGAACAAAGAACAGUCAACUCAAUUCUGCAAAUAUUAAGAUUAGUACUGAAAAUAUCACAGAAGAGGAAAGUAUAUCAACCACAUUUCACAUUGUCAGAUGAAGGUUUAUUUCAGCUGUGUGAAGCCAUUGAUGUAUGCUCCAAAAAGAAGUACAGUCCUUGUGCAGCUUUGGGACUGAAAGUAGUGCUCAUGAGUACUCCCCCAACCACUGUUAUGGGCAUGGAUCAGGAAAGUCUAUCAAAAUUUUUAAGCUGGGCAGUUAGAAAUGCCAUCCAGUCAGAGUCAAAAAAGGUGCUCCAGCCUGAAGAAUGCGAUUACCAAAUGACAGCAUUGUCAGAAAAAGAAGAACCUGAAGAUUCUCUUGUAUCAAAGCUUUUGCGAUGGUUGACUGCUUCAGUGAUCCUCAGAAAGAUUUCAUGUAAAUUUAACACUGAUAAUAUAUGGGAACAAUCAAACAUCAACAAUUUGCAGUCUCUGUUAGAAUGCCUUGAGAAAAGAUUUGGAGAAAACGAGGUUGGAUAUGGCUGUGGAGAGAUAUUAGCUGCAUCAAUUUUUUAUCUGCAACAGUUGCUGGGUGUAAACCAUAGAUUGCUUCCAUCGGUUGUUUCUGCACUGUGUCUUCUGCUUCUUUCUGGUUCUUCGCCCACAGAUAUGGAAAUUUGGCUUGGUCUUGGGAUUUCUUUGCCAUCGCUUCUAUUGAAGAUUCGCUGCCCUGCAGAAGCUAAUCCUGCCUGGAGAUGGUCAUAUUACCAGCCGUGGAGAGAUCUUACCUUUGAGCUUGACCAAGUGCAGAAAAUGGAUGAAAUUCAUGCCUGCGAACAACUUCUGGUAGUGAUUUCAAAUAUUCUUGGACAAAAAUCAUUGUGUACGCAUUUUCUUUCACUUCAAGAAGAUAAUAUCUCACAUGCAUUCGAGCGGGAAAGAAGUAUUCUUGAUGCUGAAUAAUCUUUUUGAUAAUACAGAUGCAUCAUUUACCCAUUUGGCAAAUUGCUGUUUCUUUAAUGUUAUGAUUUUAACAUGGGCAGUCAAUAAAACUGAAUUUUCCAUUUUAA